AUGUCACUUUCUGUUGAAACACCACUCAACUUCCUUGACUGUGCGAAAGCAUGGGAACAACUUACAAAAGAAGAGAAAGAGUAUGUGUACCAUUUGAAUAAAGGGAAUUGGGCGACUUUUCUGAUAUCUGUCAAACAAUGCUCUGUCGAGGCUUUUGACAUCUUUGUUGCAUUUCUAAAGAUGUAUCGUACAAUGAAUCACACUGAAUUACUUCAAGCUAGUAAGUCAUCUGAAAAUGCGAAAAAGGGAUACUCUGACUAUGUUGCUUCAUUCUUUGCUAAUGGUGGUAAUUACUUGUCGUUUGGUGACAAGAAGUUCAUACCUUCGUGCACUCCAGAAGAGUUUCUCGAGAUCACCAAGUGCUCUGGACUCAAUUUGUUUGAGCAUUUGGUCGACAUCAUAUACAACACUUCUAAGGAACUUUUACAUUAUGGUAUUCCACCAGAAGGGUGCACGACAUAUUAUUCACCAAAUAUGACUAAAGAGGAAAUAGAGCACUUGAACACUCUUUUACUCAAGAAAGGAUUGUUAUUAGAGAACACACGAAUCGACAAAAUCGAUGACAAGAUCAUUGUUUCGAUUGCAUCAACUGAAGAGAGGAGUGAAGAGUAUGAAAACAUCACAUUACGUUAUGGUCAUUAUAAAGAAGAGUUAAAAGAAUUGGUGAAUGAACUCAAAGCUUGUUUGAGUCUUCCACUUGUCCAGAACAAUUCAACGAAGAAGAACAUGUUUGAGGAAUAUAUCAAAUCAUUCAGUGGAGACUAUACCAAACAUAAGGAAGCACAAAGGUGGUGGGUCAGAGAUCAAAAACCAAGUGUAGAAUUCAACGUAGGGUUCAUUGAAACGUAUGAAGAUCCAAUUGGUACAAGAGGUGAAUGGGAGAUGUUUGUUGCUGUGGUUGACAAACUGAAAACACAAGAGUUGACUGAAUUAGUCAAACGUGCGGGUGAAAUAUUACCGACUUUUCCAUGGCCAAAGGAAUUUGAAAAGUCGGUGUUUGAGUCGCCAGACUUCACAUCGAUUGAUAUCAUAGGGUUUGGCACGUCAGGCCUUCCUAUUGGUAUCAAUUUACCAAAUUACGACGAUGUUCGUAUGGAACAAUUUAAGAACGUUUCACUGUCGAAUGUAAUGUCUGCGAGAAAUGCGGAUGAAGUCAUUCAAUUCAUUACACCAGAGCAACAGGAGUUUUACAAGAAAUAUUCCCCAAGAGCUUUGGAGACACAAGUCGCCCUCCACGAGUUACUUGGACAUGGGAGUGGAAGAUACUUGAGAUGUGAUAAAGGCGUUAAGAACUUCCCAGAAGACUUAUUAAACCCAAUAACUCACGAGAAGGUAAAGUAUUACAUUGAUGAACAAAAGUAUGACUCUGUCUUUGGUGGUCUCGGGAGUUCACUUGAAGAGUGUCGCGCAGAGACUGCCGGACUUUAUUUGACAUACGACAAGACUGUCGGUGAAAUAUUGAAACUUAGUGAUGACGAGAAAUACGCGAAUUGGUUGUCUGAGAUGAGAAGUGGUAUUGUAGGGAUGAAGUUCUAUAACCCCGAGACAAAGAAAUGGGGACAAGCGCAUUGUCAAGCCCGUUUUGCUCUUUAUAAAACAGUAGAGAAGAGUGGGGCUGUUAAAUUUGAAGAUGGCAAUGUCGUAUUAGACAGAAACAUGAUAGGAAAGGGUAUCGAAGAACUCAAGAAGCUUCUUUUGAACAUUCAAGUUGCUCGUGCUACCGGUGAUUUGAAAUUUGCACAAGACUUUUUCAUUCCAUUGAGCACACCAAAUGAAGAAGACUUGAAAAUACGACAAAUUGUUAUUGAUAGAAACAUACCAAGAAGUGGAUUAGUUCAAUGCAAUAUUAUAAAAGAAGGUGAAGAGUAUAAGAUGAAGACAUAUGAACCCAAUGUAGAAGGGAUGAUCCAGUCCUAUCUUGAUCGAUUCAAUUACUAA